GGCGGCUCAGAUUCGUCUCCGAACUCAGCACCCAAGCUUGUCAUGCCACGAAAGUCCCACCGCAAAUCGCGGAAUGGCUGUAGGACUUGUAAAAGCAGGCACGUCAAGUGCGAUGAGAUGAAGCCUGAGUGCUCGAACUGCCUCAACCAUUCAGUUCAGUGCGUGUAUGGCCCAUCCUCCAAGGACGCCCAAUCCGCAGUGGCGACCACCCGGAAGACUCCAAGAGCAAGAGCAGAGCUUCCAGGAAUAAAUACCUUCAAGAUACAACUUGUUGAAUCCGGCGUAUCUGCUGCCUAAGAUCCGCCAGAAUGCAGACUGCGUGGAUGCUGCGCAGGGAUUCCAGAUGGAGGGGCGUAUGGUGAGUGCUGAUAGUGUUCCUGCCCAGGAGGUCGUGGUGGACGGGAAAGAUGACUGUGUGACGUUGCUGAAGCGGACCUGACGGGCUGGGUGUCUGACGGUCGUUGGAUCGGGGGUCUCUUGCACUGCGGGGCAGUGGUCGAGUUUGCUUAGAUUGAAGCCUGGUUAAUGGGGGAAAGAGAGAAAGAUACAGAGAAUAGAACUCUUGGGAAUGCUUCUGAGACGGGAACGGAGCUUUUGGAAAUAGGGCAAGCAUUAAAUCUGAAACAUCAAUUAGCA